CUAUUUAUGCGCGCAGAAAUCCAGAAACGUUUUCGCACAAUGAACCGAAGCAAAGCCGGGAGGAGCAUCACGGGAAGCGCCGAGAAAAGCGGAAGCGUUGCGAAAGUGUCCUGACAGGAGCUCGCGCCCGCCCGCCGCCAUGGACCUGAAGGAGAAAACCGUCGCGGCACUAAAGAAGCACGGCAGCGGUGAGAGGUUUGACGGUUUACCGGCGCUCCCCGAGGCCUCGGUGCUGAUCCCGCUGCUGCUGAGGGACGGACAGCUGCGGCUCCUGCUCACCGUGCGCUCCGUUCACCUGAAGCAGCACGCGGGAGAAGUGUGUUUCCCGGGAGGAAAGCGCGAGGCCGGGGACCGAGACGAGGUUCACACCGCGCUGAGAGAAGCGGAGGAGGAGAUCGGGCUUCAUCCCGACACCGUGCAGGUCAUCUGCAGACUGUUCCCUGUCCUGAACAAGACCGGUCUUCUGAUCACUCCGGUCGUGGCUUUCAUCGAGGACCCGUUCGAAGCCCGUCCCAACACCGACGAGGUGAGCGAGGUGUUCUCCCUUCCUCUGGACUUCUUCACUAAAGAGGCGGAUCACUCCGGGUAUCCUGUGCCCAGCGUCUUCGGCCCGACCCACAGCUUCAUGUAUACGGACCCCGGCACCGGACGCGUCCAUCAGAUCUGGGGCCUGACCGCGGCUCUGGCCAUCACCGUCGCUGCGCUGGCCCUCGGGAAGAAGCCCGAGUUCGAGGUGGGCUUCGACCUCGACGAUCCCGCCGCCGGCUUCAAAGACGUGCUGAAGCGCAGAUUGAGCAAGUUAUGAAGACGCUUCCGGUUCGGUGUCCUUGAUCACGAGGGAAAAGAUUUACUGUCAUUCAGCUGGAAACUUAGGAGAGAGUCGGUGUGCGUGUUCAACUUUUAUUUAAUUUUUUUUAUAAUUAACAAUGAGGAUGUUAGGAACUGUUAGGGAUUACUACAACAGCAUUAAAUGGAUGCACGGACAUAAUUUUGGCCCUCAAAAUUGAUAAAUUUAUAUAAUUUAUAAAUAUAUAUA